AUGGCGACUUCGCAAGAUAAUAGCAGAGGAGAUAACAAAUCAACGUAUGAUAAAAUCGAAGAAAAAUUAAAAGCUUGCUCUCAGUCGGAGGGCAAAUUUGAACAAGUUGAUGCAAUAACUUUCCAAGGUACUAGACAAUUCAUUCGCUCAAAUGCAAAAUUUGUGAACGAGUGUGCUGAGCCAAUUCCUAAAUUAUGCAAUAAGGACACUGGUGGGCUUAAGACUUUACAUAGCUGGUCCAGAGGUGUUUUUUGGGUUGUAAGUGGUGGUGGGCACAUAGACUACUGGCAACCACUCUAUAGGUCUGAGUCACCUCCUCAAGCUUUUUUAAUAUUGAUUUUGUGGUUGUAUCGGAAGUUUAAACCAUUGGUAGAUAAGGGGUUGCCAUCACAUGAACUGGAGGAGAAAAUGACAAAUACAAUAUUGGCCUAUGACAACAUGUGCCAUGUUGACGGACUGAAAGUUGCUGCAAAAAAGCUGCCCUUUUCACCCCCAUUAGAUAAAGUUUGGACAUCCGUCAUCAAGGUAAUUGACAAGUUGCACAUCUGUAAUCACAAGGAUGCUAAGUGUAAGACCGUAUACAAUCCAGAGGGAAAAGUACCAGAAGGUUUUAACACUAUGGCUGCAGAACAAACUUUUGCCUGGGGCAGUAGGCUUAAGCGAAUAAUAUGUGCCAUGCCUAGACUGCACCAGUUCUUCUACUUGCAUAGGGCUGUGAAACAUCGUAACAAGUACACAGAAAACUGUCACAAGUUAAGCAAAUGCCCUCUUCUUUCAAGGCAGUCUAAUCUCUAA